CUUUCACUAAGGGUUACUGUAGUCUGACGUGUCCUCUCCAAGGCCAAAAAAUUUGACAAUUGGCACUUCUUCUUACAUUCAAUGAUUUCUGCCCUUAAUCAAAGGACCACCUGUAAUUUCACUAAGAAUGUCUUCUAAUUCAGACACAGGGGAUUUACAAGAAUCUCUAAAGCAUGGAUUUACACCUAUUGGUGCUGGGCUUCCGGAAGGACACGGAUCCCCUACCCCCGCCCGCGGCCGCCUUGUCAUGCUGCCUAAAGUGGAGACGGAAGCCCUAGGACUGGCUCGAUCGCAUGGGGAACAGGGGCAGAUGCCGGAAAACAUGCAAGUGUCUCAGUUUAAAAUGGUGAAUUACUCCUAUGAUGAAGAUCUUGAAGAACUCUGUCCUGUGUGUGGAGAUAAAGUGUCUGGGUACCAUUAUGGGCUUCUCACCUGUGAAAGCUGCAAGGGAUUUUUUAAGCGAACAGUCCAAAAUAAUAAAAGGUACACAUGUAUAGAAAACCAGAACUGCCAAAUUGACAAAACACAGAGAAAGCGUUGCCCUUACUGUCGAUUUCAAAAAUGUCUAAGUGUUGGAAUGAAACUAGAAGCGGUCAGGGCCGACCGAAUGCGUGGAGGAAGGAAUAAGUUUGGGCCAAUGUACAAGAGAGACAGGGCCCUGAAGCAACAGAAAAAAGCCCUCAUCCGAGCCAAUGGACUUAAGCUAGAAGCCAUGUCUCAGGUGAUCCAGGCAAUGCCCUCGGACCUGACCAUCUCCUCCGCAAUCCAGAACAUGCAUUCUGCCUCCAAAGGCCUACCUCUGAACCAUGCUGCCUUGCCACCUACCGACUAUGACAGGAGUCCCUUUGUAACCUCCCCCAUUAGCAUGACAAUGCCACCUCAUGGCAGCCUGCAAGGUUACCAAACUUACGGCCACUUUCCUAGCCGGGCCAUUAAGUCUGAGUACCCAGACCCCUACACCAGCUCGCCCGAGUCAAUAAUGGGCUAUUCCUACAUGGAUACUUACCAGACAAGCUCCCCGGCAAGCAUCCCACAUCUGAUACUAGAACUUUUGAAGUGUGAGCCAGAUGAGCCUCAAGUGCAGGCCAAAAUCAUGGCCUAUUUGCAGCAAGAGCAAGCUAAUCGAAGCAAGCAUGAAAAGCUGAGCACGUUUGGCCUUAUGUGCAAAAUGGCCGAUCAAACCCUCUUCUCCAUUGUUGAGUGGGCCAGGAGUAGUAUCUUCUUCAGAGAACUUAAGGUCGAUGACCAAAUGAAACUGCUUCAGAACUGCUGGAGUGAACUCUUAAUUCUUGACCACAUUUAUCGACAAGUGGUACAUGGAAAAGAAGGAUCAAUCUUCUUGGUUACUGGGCAACAAGUAGACUACUCCAUAAUAGCAUCACAAGCCGGGGCCACCCUCAACAGCCUCAUGAGUCAUGCACAGGAGUUAGUGGCAAAGCUUCGUUCCCUACAGUUUGAUCAACGAGAGUUUGUGUGUCUGAAAUUCUUGGUGCUCUUUAGUUUAGAUGUCAAAAACCUUGAGAAUUUCCAGCUGGUAGAAGGUGUCCAGGAACAAGUAAAUGCCGCCCUGCUGGACUACACAAUGUGCAACUACCCGCAGCAAACCGAGAAAUUUGGGCAGCUCCUUCUCCGACUCCCGGAAAUCCGGGCCAUCAGCAUGCAGGCUGAAGAAUACCUCUACUACAAACACCUGAACGGGGACGUGCCAUAUAAUAACCUCCUGAUUGAAAUGUUGCAUGCGAAGAGAGCCUAAGUUACAAUCCCUAAGAGCUCUGCUUUCAAAACGAAAGGAGGUUGGGAGAGGGGGAGAAAGAAAAGAAAUGAAUCCUCUGAACUGCUCCAAGCAACACUAAUUAAAAACUUGGUUUAAAGAUAUUGAAUUUUAAAAGGCAUAAUAAUCCAAUACUUAAUAGCAAAUAAAUGAUGUAUCAGGGUAUUUGUAUUGCAAACUGUGAAUCAAAUGCUUUACAUCCCGAAAGGAUUCCACAUGAAAGACAUUGUAUUGGAGUGGAUUGAACUCACAGAUGGAUAGCAAAACCAUGAAUAAAAAGGGACGACAAUUCUUGUAUAUUUAGACUGAAGUCCGCUAUGAAGAAAUUUAGGAACUGAUCUGUGUUAUUAAUUAGGCUUAUACAGCGAGGGAUCUGGUCUCACAGAAUUCCUCCAUGGUAAAGCUGAAAUGAGAACAAUUCUCCAGAAUGCAUCAGCUGCACCUUCAGUGGCCCCUCCCUCUUCCUUUCAAGGACCCAGCACCUUCUGCCCUGUGAUCCUGGAAUCUGUUCUAAGGACCUGUGUUCAGCCACACCCAAUAGUAGCUCCACCAAAUCAUGAAAAGCCUCAUUUUGGAUGUUCGUAUCUUAAACCUGCAAACAGCUAAUAAGAACAGUCUAUUAAUACGUUAGCUUGCCAUUUUAAGUAUGUUCUGAAGUUUGUUGUCAUGUGUUCAUAAUGUUAAAAAACAAAAAAUAAAAGCAGGCAGUCUCCCUCUUCUGGUCUUGUAUAAGCAUUAGUUAAUAUUAAAGGAAAUGACUAAAAACUUUUAGAGAAAAUCCUCCAUAGCUAAAGCAAGUUAGACCUUAUUUCUGCUAUAAAUGUGGCUUUGGCAUUGCUGGGUUUCAUCAAAAUAUCUUGCCCAAAGGCUUGCUAGGAUACAUCAGUCUUUUAACCAUCAAUGUUUGUAGUUCAUUUAAAAAUAAAACAUUAAGCAUAUUUUGCUGGGAUGUCAAAUAGUCAGCAGUUCUAAGUAGUUCAGAACAAGAGUGAAGCAUAUUAAACUAUGCAAAAGGAAGAGAAAAGAUGAACUGAUUGAUUGACUCAAGUUUCAUUCUUGCUGCAAUUGAACAUGGAAUGGAAAGGAUGCUUUUCUACGUGUGGCCUGGAGAGAUAUUAAGGUAAUUGAAAUCUUCCCCAAAAGGGAAAGGAAGAGGGUGAUACUGAUCUUUCUAAGUCAUAGACCAAAGUCUGCUGUAGAACAAAUAUUAGAGGACAAACAAUUGCAAACAAACCUCUCCAGAUGACGAUAUCAGUAUUAUUAAUGUGUAAUGCCACAGGCAUGAAAGUCUUGCCUUAUUUCAUGAUUCUAAAAGGUAGCUGUGCAGAUGUGGAUUAACAUUUGUUUAAAAUAAAGUGUUAAUACUUUAAAGUCAAAUGAACAUAGUGUUUACAUUCUUUAGGUCCUGGGGUGGGGGGGAACUGUGAUAUUACAAAAUAGCAAAAGUAGUAAUUUCCUUAAUGUUAUUUUUCUGAUUGGUAAUUAUUUUUAACAGUACUUAAUUAUUGUAUGUCGUGAGACACUAAAAUCAAAAACGGGAAUCUCAUUUGGACUUUAAUUUUUUGAGAUUAUCGGCGGCACAAUCACUUGUAGAAACUGUAAAAAAAUGUAUUUCCUGAUCCCUUAAUUUUUUCAUAAAUGUUUCUGGCUUUUGAAUAGUUUAUUUAUAUUGUAUAUCAUAGUUUCAAGUGUAGACAAUUAUGAUGCUAAUUUAUUGUUCCUUGGUUUCACCUUUGUAUAAGAUAUCGCCAAAACUGAAGAAACCAAAUAUAUGUGUUUACUGUAGCAUGUCUUCAAGUUAGUGGAACAUAGUUCAGGGACAUAGAAGGGUCUUAAUGAAUUAAAAUCAUUCACUUGAUUAAAUGUCUGUAAAUCUUCCUAAUUCCUACUGUAGUUUAUUUAAUAUCUGUUGUAAAUUAUGUGACUUGUAGUUUCCUGUUUUCAAGUAAAUUUAACAAGGUGGAGUCUUACCUGGUUUUCCUUUCCAAACAUUGUAAGUUGUAUACCAAAGAUAUUAGUUAUUACUUCUGUGUGUACAAAGAGGAUUAUUUUAUUACUUUUAUUAAUCACCUCUAAUACGCAUCCACGUGAAGGGUACACAUUUGCCAAGCUGUGCAUCGACAGCUCCUCAUGCAGUGUUUCAAUCAUCUGUUGUUUAUCUUCAUGGCUCAAAUGACAAUAAAAAAAAUCGCUGACUAGAAUGUCAUAUUCAAAGUAGGAAAUAGAAUGGCUGCAUCACUGCUUUCCCCAGUUAAAAACCAAGUUGGCUAGAAGCCAGGUGGAGAGGAAUGGUGUCCCAACAGUUCACGGAACAGUUCUGUCAUGCAGGCAUAACAUGCAUGGAGAUGACGAUAUCAUAUCAAGGGUGUAGUUAGUUCAAGGGUGUUUAACAUUGCAGAAAACAUUUUUAAAAUCCGUAUUUUCUUAUUUUAAAUAUACAAUAUUCCCCCACUGAAUAAGAAACCUAAAAAAUGUCAAAUAGCAGUAUGUAAACACAGUUAGAAAGAGGGACAACACAGAGAUACGUCCACACUGCUGGUAACAUCAAGGAUGAAAGUUGAUAAGCAAGAAAGGACCACAGACCCUGGCUGUGGCCCCUGCAAAGUUGGCAAAUGAAAUUUCUCUAGUGUUAAUUGUUAACCAGUUGGUAACUAGACAUUUACUUAACAACUGCCUUAUCAAUUACAGGACUUAUUAGUACAAGAAGACUCAAAUUGAAAGGUUUUGGCUUAGCCUGGUUUAUUAUAGCUGGUCUAUGUUUGUAAACAGACAAUCUGUAAUGUCUGGAUAUUUGUAUUGCAGACCUGCAGCUGCCUUGGAUUUGAAUCCAUGCCACGUUUAGAGUGUGAAGUCGGUUACUUGUUGACGUUUCCUUACUGUAUCAGUGAAAUACAUAUUGUCAGUCCUUGCCAGGAAUUUCUCAACACAGUGGAAUUUUUUUUCAGUAUUUCAAUAAAUAUUGAUAUGCCCAGCCU